GGGCGUCAUUUGGAACUAUUUUUUUGAAGGCGUUUCCAUGCCUCACACUCCAUAUGCCAGCCGUUCUUAGCCACAAGGAAGACAGAGACGCUCUCCAGCUUAGAUCCAAGGCGAGGAAAAGGACUAAACGAAAGCCUCAGGCCGCGGACCGUCGAAUAAUGGACAGUUCUGAGGGAGAAGGGGGCGGGGGAGGGAGCGGUGUUUUUACAACAUCCCGGGAUCUGUCGUUCAGGAACGGACAGUGGCAGAAGAGAGACGUCAUGGAGAUGGCCGUGAUAGUCACGGAGCCCCGAGCCACGGAGAAGCAGCAGGACAGGGACGACGGAGAUAGCGGGAUUUCUGAGACCACGGCUGUAGAGGAGCGACUCUUACCCACUAGAGAAUCCGAAGCGAGGGAGAGGGCCCCGGAAUACGGCCACACCCCGAAUAAGGAGACUGUACUAGAGACGUUGAUACAGGUUUUCAUACCGUUCAUGAUAGCUGGGUUUGGUAUGAUGGCUGCCGGGCUCCUCCUUGACAAAGUACAACACUGGGACGUGUACGUUAACAUCAAUGAGAUAUUCAUCCUUGUGCCAGCUCUUCUGGGCCUGAAAGGCAACCUGGAGAUGACUCUAGCUUCCCGAUUAUCCACUGCCGCAAACAUAGGUCAGCUGAGUACCUGGGGGAAAGUCUGGAGAGGCGCAUGGGGCAACCUAUCACUUAUUCAGGGCCAGGCGCUGGUGGUUGCUGCUCUAGCCACCGGAGUCUCCGUCAUCUUUGGCCGGGAUCUUCACGUGGCUCACACAUUGCUGCUGGGAGCAUCUUCCAUGAGCACGGCGGCCAUCGCUAGCUUUCUCCUGGGCGGAGUCAUGAUCGGAGUGAUCGUAGUCUCUCAUAUCGCCAGGAUCAACCCAGACAAUGUGGCCACGCCCAUCGCUGCUUCACUCGGUGACCUUGUGACCCUUGGCCUCCUCUCACUCAUUGCCAACUGGCUCUACGAUUUGAGUGGUCCUGAAUCAGAGGGUGUGGCACAGGGGGGAUCGGGCAAUGGGACGGGCAUCGUCCAAAUGGCCACCCCGGAAGCGACGGUCACGGCAUCGUCUCUUAUCCUGGUCCUCCUGUUGGUUCUAAUCCCUCUCUGGCUCUACCUCGCCCACCGGAACUCCACUACUCGCAGCGUACUCUUCUAUGGGUGGAUCCCUGUCAUUGCCGCCAUGUGUAUUUCCAGGUCCCUCCAUAUGUACUUUGACCCGCUCUCUCCUCUCUUUCCUUCCACCAUUUUUCCUUCUUCUUCCCUACCUUCUCUUUUUCUUUCUUCCCCACCUUAUUAUUUAUCUCUCUUUUCAUUCUCCCUUCCCUCCCUCCCUCUCCACCCUUUGAAUUUAUUCCAUCUCUCCUCUUUCUCUCUCAUCUCAUCUAACAGUGGUGGUGGACUGGUAUUGUCACAAGCAGUGAGCAGAUGGAGAGGAAUUGCCAUAUACUCACCAAUCAUCAACGGAGUGGGAGGCAACCUGGUGGCAGUUCAGGCCAGUCGAAUCUCCACCUCUCUCCAUUCCGCUGGCAUCCCUGGCAGCAGAUCAUCUGAUCUUUCCUCUACCUACAGCGGGCCCCUCUCUUCCUUCUUCUCUGCCAGUCAACAUGCCACUACGGCCAAGCUACUGGUGUUGCUGGUCAUCCCAGGCUCCGCCAUAUUCCUGGUAGUCAUCCACAUCCUCAACGCAGGCCACACUACCCUCUCCCCCAUGUUCUUCUUUGGCUACCUUCUCUGUGCAGUUUUCCAGGCGGUGAUCUACUGGCAGUGGCUGACUGGCUGGUUCACAAGAUCUGGCGCUGCGGAUUCGAUCCAGACAACGUCGCCAUUCCGUUCCUGACCUCCCUGGGUGACCUCCUCGGAACCGGUCUGCUAGCUAUAGGGUUCCAGGUCAUGUGGUACUUGGGGGACCGCGACGAAGAUGUGGGAGAAUGACGCUGUCUGUUUUUCUUCUGUCCCUCUCAUCAAGCUUAUUAUUAUCAUCAUCAUACAUGCCGAUUUCUAUUAGACAUACUGUAAAGUCAAAACCUCGUUGAAUGAUCAUUGCGCGCUAAAAAAUUUCUAUGUGUAUAAUUAGGUCUGAAUCAAAGUCUCCGGCAAAACGAAAAACUGUUAAUCUGCAAAAAAAUGUGCGCCUCAAAAAAUUUUGAUCUAUGAUAUGUAGCACUAAGGUAUGAACGAUGCAGAUAGUGAUACAAUAGUACUGUGGUGUUCAUGUUCUGUCUCUGUGUAAGGCUAGUCCCAUAUCGUGGAGCUCUGCCUCAUAUCCCCGCCAUUCUUCCUCCAGUAGCUGCUUCAGCUGGGCCCUUCUCACGACAAGGGCGUUGUUGGCCAGCGCUACCUCUCGCUCUAUCUCCUCCGUCUUCUUCACCAGAAUCUUCCUCUCACUCGCCUCCUCCAGGGACUCGUUCCAGUUGGCCCGCAGCGUCGCUCUCACAUCACUGCACACACACACCAGAAUGUAUACUUAUUUACGCUAUAUACCCAGGGCCGGCAGAGGAGAGAGAAGUUACUUUCUUAUGACUUGCUGCUGCGCCUGUAUCUUCUCGUCUGUCUACGGGAAGACGGAGAAGCGUAAACACUCGUGAUUUGACGGUAUCUACGUAUUUAUUCCUACCAGUAUUCUUUGGUGUUGCCUCGCCUGGGCCUUGCUCAUCCGCGGCUUUAUUGUCCUG